GAGCUCAGCGCUGGGUGCAGGCACUGCGUCUUUGAAAAUCUCGCUUCCCAUCUUUGUUAUUGUCUGGGCGGCAGGCCACCCGGUUUGCUGCCUUCCUCCCUCCGCCCGGCCCCUGCCUUCGGCUGUCUUCCCCAGGAACAUGCCCUUCUCCGCGCUUUCCUUGGCGGGGGUCAGGACCCUCUGCACCCGCAUGCGGGGGCUUGUGUACGUACCCCGUUUUGUGUGCAUGUGGUGGUUGUCCGGGGAGCAGGAGAGACAACAGGCAAUCCGGCCUCUGAGUGUGUCUGCUCUCCCGGGAGCAGGCGGCAUGCAUGUCAUGUUUACCUCCUUAAAGCGGGAAGCCUGUACCUAGAAGCCGGCAAGUGCUGGCUGGCCACCCUAGCCAGAGGUCGGGGCAUGGCCAAGACGACCUCGUGCGGGUCCUGCCCCGCUUGGCCUCAGGUCAGCCUUGCCACAUGCUGAAGGGGCGCAGAGUGGGGGUUGGGAAUGAAACUACAAGCCUGUUUCUGGAAACGGUAGGAAACGGUAGCGGUUGGAGCAGAAUGUCACUGGCAGCGGUGUGGAAUUGUCUUAUUAAUUUUCUAUAAACAAAAUCUGGCUUGGUGGCUUCUCUGGCACAGGAAGGGAGCCUAGAUUUCCCAUGGACAGGCAGAAAGACUGGGUUUGAAAUCCCUCUACCCAGCCUUGGAGCUGAAAUAGGCUUUCCCAGGACUGGGGUCUCCUGAUUUGCUGCUUUGCUUAGGAAUAGAUUCGUCGGCUGCUGCUGGGAUGGAUGGGCAGAAAUUUCUCUGGGGCUGUCCUUGGAGUCAUCCUAUUUGGAGUUCAGUCCCAUCUGAUGCCGAGGCUGAAGGAGUCUCGCUCCCACGAGUCCCUGCUCAGCCCCAGCAGUGCGGUGGAGGCGCUGGACCUCAGCAUGGAGGAAGAGGUGGUCAUCAAGCCCGUGCACAGCAGCAUCCUUGGCCAGGACUACUGCUUCGAGGUGACGACGUCAUCAGGAAGCAAGUGCUUUUCCUGCCGGUCCGCAGCUGAGCGGGAUAAGUGGAUGGAGAACCUGCGGCGAGCGGUGCAUCCCAACAAGGACAACAGCCGGCGUGUGGAGCAUAUCCUGAAGCUGUGGGUGAUCGAGGCCAAGGACCUGCCAGCCAAGAAGAAGUACCUGUGCGAGCUGUGCCUGGACGAUGUGCUCUAUGCCCGCACCACGGGCAAGCUCAAGACGGACAAUGUUUUCUGGGGCGAGCACUUCGAGUUCCACAACUUGCCGCCUCUGCGUACAGUCACUGUCCACCUGUACCGGGAGACCGACAAGAAGAAGAAGAAGGAGCGCAACAGUUACCUGGGCCUGGUGAGCCUGCCUGCUGCCUCGGUGGCCGGGCGGCAGUUCGUGGAGAAGUGGUACCCGGUGGUGACGCCCAACCCCAAGGGCGGCAAGGGCCCUGGACCCAUGAUCCGCAUCAAGGCGCGCUACCAAACCAUCACCAUCCUGCCCAUGGAGAUGUACAAAGAGUUCGCUGAGCACAUCACCAACCACUACCUGGGGCUGUGUGCAGCCCUUGAGCCCAUCCUCAGUGCCAAGACCAAGGAGGAGAUGGCAUCUGCCCUGGUGCACAUCCUGCAGAGCACGGGCAAGGUGAAGGACUUCCUGACAGACCUGAUGAUGUCAGAGGUGGACCGCUGCGGGGACAAUGAGCACCUCAUCUUUCGGGAGAACACACUGGCCACCAAGGCCAUCGAGGAGUACCUCAAGCUAGUGGGCCAGAAGUACCUGCAGGAUGCCCUAGGUGAGUUCAUCAAAGCACUGUAUGAGUCAGAUGAGAACUGCGAAGUGGAUCCCAGCAAGUGCUCGGCCGCUGACCUCCCAGAGCACCAGGGCAACCUCAAGAUGUGCUGCGAGCUAGCCUUCUGCAAGAUCAUCAACUCCUACUGUGUCUUCCCACGGGAGUUGAAAGAGGUGUUUGCCUCGUGGAGGCAGGAGUGCAGCAGUCGCGGCCGGCCGGACAUCAGUGAGCGGCUCAUCAGCGCCUCCCUCUUCCUGCGCUUCCUCUGCCCAGCCAUCAUGUCGCCCUCACUCUUCAACCUGCUGCAGGAGUACCCUGAUGACCGCACUGCCCGCACCCUCACCCUCAUCGCCAAGGUCACCCAGAACCUGGCCAACUUCGCCAAAUUUGGCAGCAAGGAGGAAUACAUGUCCUUCAUGAACCAGUUCCUAGAGCAUGAGUGGACCAACAUGCAGCGCUUCCUGCUGGAGAUCUCCAACCCUGAGACCCUCUCCAAUACAGCCGGCUUCGAGGGCUACAUCGACCUGGGCCGCGAGCUCUCCAGUCUGCACUCACUGCUCUGGGAGGCCGUCAGCCAGCUGGAGCAGAGCAUAGUAUCCAAACUGGGACCUCUGCCUCGGAUCCUGAGGGACGUCCACACAGCACUGAGCACCCCAGGUAGUGGGCAGCUCCCAGGGACCAACGACCUGGCCUCCACACCGGGCUCUGGCAGCAGCAGCAUCUCAGCUGGGCUGCAGAAGAUGGUGAUUGAGAACGAUCUUUCCGGUCUGAUAGAUUUCACCCGGUUACCGUCUCCAACCCCCGAAAACAAGGACUUGUUUUUUGUCACAAGGUCCUCCGGGGUCCAGCCCUCACCUGCCCGCAGCUCGAGUUACUCGGAAGCCAACGAGCCUGAUCUUCAGAUGGCCAACGGUGGCAAGAGCCUCUCCAUGGUGGACCUCCAGGACGCCCGCGCGCUGGACGGGGAGGCAGGCUCCCCGGUGGGCCCCGACGUCCUCCCCACAGAUGGGCAGGCUGCUGCAGCUCAGCUGGUGGCCGGGUGGCCAGCCCGGGCAACCCCAGUGAACCUGGCAGGGCUGGCCACAGUGCGGCGGGCAGGCCAGACACCAACCACACCAGGCACCUCCGAGGGCGCGCCAGGCCGGCCCCAGCUGUUGGCACCGCUCUCCUUCCAGAACCCUGUGUACCAGAUGGCGGCUGGUCUGCCGCUGUCACCCCGUGGCCUUGGCGACUCAGGCUCUGAGGGCCACAGCUCCCUGAGCUCACACAGCAACAGCGAGGAGUUGGCAGCCGCUGCCAAGCUGGGAAGUUUCAGCACUGCCGCGGAGGAGCUGGCUCGGCGGCCCGGUGAGCUGGCACGGCGACAGAUGUCACUGACUGAAAAAGGCGGGCAGCCCACGGUGCCACGGCAGAACAGUGCUGGCCCCCAGAGGAGGAUCGACCAGCCUCCGCCCCCACCCCCGCCGCCACCUCCUGCCCCCCGCGGCCGGACGCCCCCCAACCUGCUGAGCACCCUGCAGUACCCAAGACCCUCAAGCGGAACCCUGGCGUCAGCCUCACCUGAUUGGGCGGGCCCCAGUACCCGCCUGAGGCAGCAGUCCUCUUCCUCCAAGGGGGACAGCCCAGAACUGAAGCCACGGGCAGUGCACAAGCAGGGCCCUUCACCCGUGAGCCCCAAUGCCCUGGACCGCACAGCCGCUUGGCUCUUGACCAUGAACGCGCAGUUGUUAGAAGACGAGGGCCUGGGCCCAGACCCCCCCCACAGGGAUAGGCUAAGGAGUAAGGACGAGCUCAGCCAAGCAGAAAAGGACCUGGCGGUGCUGCAGGACAAGCUGCGAAUCUCCACCAAGAAGCUGGAGGAGUAUGAGACCCUGUUCAAGUGCCAGGAGGAGACGACGCAGAAGCUGGUGCUGGAGUACCAGGCACGGCUGGAGGAGGGCGAGGAGCGGCUGCGGCGGCAGCAGGAGGACAAGGACAUCCAGAUGAAGGGCAUCAUCAGCAGGUUGAUGUCCGUGGAAGAAGAACUGAAGAAGGACCACGCAGAGAUGCAAGCGGCUGUGGACUCCAAACAGAAGAUCAUUGAUGCCCAGGAGAAGCGCAUUGCCUCGCUGGAUGCCGCCAAUGCCCGCCUCAUGAGCGCCCUGACCCAGCUGAAAGAGAGGUACAGCAUGCAAGCCCGUAACGGCAUCUCCCCCACCAACCCCACCAAAUUGCAGAUUACUGAGAACGGCGAGUUCAGAAACAGCAGCAAUUGUUAACCUGCCUGAGGAGGGAGGAAGCUACCCAAGGAGAGGGGGACUAUGGUGGCCAAGGGCAGGGUCUUGGCCUGGGGAGGCACCCACGGUUGCAGCCCCAGCGUGGGUGUCAGGAGGCCGAGCCUCCCCUCCCCGCCGCUGUCCAGGAGGCGGCCGCAGAGGGAGCCGCCAGAGACUGAAGCAGCGUGAGGCGAGGUCACCAGCCGCUCCCUGUGGGGUGCGGGCAGAAGAGACUGCACGCUGGGGAGUGGGGACAGCCUGGUGGGGCAGGGGGCCUGCCAAAAAUAUGUCUGUUGGUUCCUGAAUGUGGUGUGUCCUUGUCCUUCUGGAUCUGGCCGAGUGCAUGUGUCCCACCACCCGUGCCAGGGAGGGGGCUUCCUGGAGGGGGGAUUCAAGAGCUAGGGGCCUACACCUGUGGCUUCCCCUCGCCUCCUUGGGGGGGCCUGGGACUCCCUGGCAGCCAGGCCCUGUCCUGGGGGACCUGGCACUUGGCGGAUCAGUUGGCAGGCAGGAAGAUAGGACACAGAGCAGGAGGUCAGUGUCCCCUGCCUGUCUCCAUCCGAAGCACCUGCCACUGCAUGCGGUCUGUUGGGACCUUCCUGGCUGUGAGGAACUGAGGAUUCCUACCCACCCACCCCCUCUGAACCUGUCCCCAGAGCACCACCUGCCACCUUCCUUGCCUUAGUCGUAUUGCCAGGUAGACCCAGUGAGGGCCAUGGCUUUUUCUUGUGAGCUCUUGUCCCUGUGGGGAAGACCCACAGCUUCCCACACUUCCCACAAAGGCCCAGGCUGAUGCUCAAGGGCUCCCAGAAGCCAAAGAUCUGGGCGGAUCUGGCCAGAUGGCUCUGAGCACUGUACCUGCCUUCUCCUGGGGCCCAGCACACCCAGGGCACAGACAGUGGCCCUGUAGGGAGUGCCACCUGGUGCUCACCCUGAAAGAAAAGGUGAUCCUUCCUCUGAGUGAUGGUUUAAAAAAAGAUUCUAACGCCUGCAGGCCCUGAGAAGGUGGAUAACUGUGAUUUUUUUUCCUUUCACAGUAUGCAUUAGAAACAAAAGCCCGCUUGCUCGCUUGCUGGAACACAGGGGCCUUUUAAGUUGAGCGUGCGCACUGCAUGGGAAAUAGCGGCCCUGGAGGAUGUUAGACUUGCUCCCUCUCCAAGACAGCAGCAGCCUGCACCCGGCCCCGUGUGUGCGGCCGGCCUCCUCCUCACCCUUCCCGGCCCCCGGCCAAGGACCCAGGCGCUGCAUACAGGGGAGGGGCGCACCCCACAGCUGGGGCCGGUUUUCCUCAGCUCUAGGCUGUUCUGUAGCUUAUCUGCCCCUCCCCCACUUUCAAGACAGAUGAGCAGGAGCUUGGGUCUCUCUCAGCCCUUGUCUGUUCCCAGCCCCUGCAGAUUCCGAGCAAGGGCCCUGGGUAACAAGGGUGGGAGUGGGGCCUUUGCCAGCAGAGCCAGGGCAAGGCGAGCUGCAGGAACCACCCCUCUGCCCCUGCAGCUGGAAUGUGCCACAGAGGCCCCACCUGAAGGGUGGAUGUGCUGGAGGGGUGGCCCAGAGCCAUACUGCAUCCACCCUGAGCUCGGGGACAGGUGGCAGUGGCUGCUCUGGGAAGGGGCUCUUAGAUGUAACCUACAAUUCAGUUAGGCUAGAGACAGAUGCUGGUGGAGGGAGGGCUGGGCCACCAGGGAUCACAGACCACAGGAAGAUGGGAGGUGGGAGCAGAGGCCCUGCCCCCACCCCUUCCUGUCCCACUCCCCUGUCUUGUCCCCACCCAUGCGCCUUUGUGCCUGAGACCAGGGUGGCCACACAGGCAGGGCCUGGCUCCGGUCUCGUCCUCCCACUGCCCAGUGAGCCCUGCUCUCCUCUCCCCAGCCCCCUCCCACCGCUGCCUCGUAGAGUGACCUCGGACAGAGCCCCCCUAGCAAUACAGGGAGGCUCCCAGGGCCUGGACAGGCGGGCUCAGAGGCCACCCGCUGUGGCCAGUGCCAGCUGCCCUUGCAGGGUGGGUGAGCUCUCAGGCCGAGAGCCUUAUUUACCUAGUGCAAAAACUGUAAAAGUGUACAGACUCUUCACAGAUUUUUAUCUUAAUUGCAAGUCUGCCGAUUUUGUAAAUGUUCUUGGUGUUUGACUGUAAUGUAACUAUCUCACCUAAUGGUUGUACAUAUCCUUUGGUCCUGGUGCUGCCGAGGGCUGGCCGGGACUGCUGCUCUCCCAAGGGUUUUAUUUCUGAAUCUAGAGAACAGUAUUGGGCAGGAGGAAAAGGCUUGGUGUCUGCGGGGGGUGUUUUCCCUGCCUUUGGCAUUUAUGUGUUGGCUUUGCAGCUGCUGUUUGGGUAGCGGCUGCUGGGGUGCCUUCACUGGGCCAGUCAACGGGGGCUCCUGCCCGGGCCACAGAGAACCUGAGUUCCUGGGAGCUGGGCCCUGCCUGCAGCCAGGGCUGGGGUUGCCAGAGGCCCUGGAGGGAAGGACAGUCCCUGCUGGGGAAGAACACAGCCCCAGGGGCCUCCUGGUCACCGAGACUCAGCCUCUGCUGGAGAAAGCCACGCCCUCCCUGCUAGCACAGAGGCCUGACUUUUUUGCUUAACUUCCAUGUUCUGGGUGAUGGAAACUGCCAAACCUCCCGUCAGUGAGGACUCUUUCCGACUGCCCAGAAAGUGGGGGUGGAGGACCGAGGCUACAGCUCCACACGCCCCGGUCCCCCGGAGCAUCUGCCCCAAGUACACCUCCCCUUGUGCCCCGCGCCACUGCGGGAGCCAGACUGUCCAGGGAAACAGCCCCUCUCUUUUCUACACACUCAGCCACAAAGCCCCCCCAGCCCCCACACCGCAUCCCAGCUCCCCUCUUUUGUAAGUAUGUGAAAAGGAAAAAAUGCAAACGUUGGAGUUUGGGCUGGAGCUCCUCCCUCCAGCUGCGACUUUUAACUAUGUAAUAAUGUACAGAGGAAGCUGUUGGUGUUCUAAGACUGCGUGGCUGUGCAAUUUCUGUACAUUUGCAAUUAGAAAUAUUAAAGAUUUAUUUAGCUAUUUUAA